AUGGGCUGGGAAUUGUAUUUAUUACCCCGAGAUAAUUUGAAAACAGCGAGAGACUCGUUGCCAGGAUUCUCGGGCAAGAAGGAGGAGGAUCCAGCAAAGUUCUUAUGUUCAGUUUGUGAGAUGUUGGAGGAGGCGAAAAUUCUCAAACGGAAAUGGAUAAAAGUGGUCGCACCGCAACUGAAGGCCGAAGCAGGAACUUAG